CAAGGGCAUUGCCUGGUCUCAAAUCUCUACUUUCCAACAUCCAACUUUUUGAAGCUAGCAGCACCUCACUUAGAGAAGGAUUGUACUUUUCUCAAACUUGUUAUUUCUGUCUCACACACAAGUGCUUUGUUGGUGUCGGUGAAACUCCAUCAACACCUUGUGAAUCGGGAGAGAUAAGGUGAGGAGAGCUGUCCGGUGUGCUGCUGUCCUCUACUCACCCUUCUCCAAAUAUUGUGUGCACGUGUGUGAGUCGGCAUUCUGUGGCACAGGAUGCCCUUGUUAGCUGCGUUUGCCGGGGUGCUGGCGUUGCUUCUCGCCAGGCUUCAGACAGGAUGUGGAUCCCCUACUUUGGCUGGACCUCUGGCAGCUGUGGAUGUGGCAAUGCCAGAGCAGGGGCUGGUGGAGGAGACCCAGGUGACCAACUGUCCGUCCUGUGUGCUGGCCCAGAUGACGAGGGGUUAUGACCCGGUCCCUCCUGGAUUUGAAUCAGCAUCUGAAUCUGUGGCUCGGACUUCGGGCCAAACGGACAUGGUGGAAGCGGUGAAGCGGCACAUCCUCAACAUGCUCCACCUGAGUGCACGGCCCAACGUCACGCACCCGGUGCCACGCGCUGCCCUGCUCAACGCCAUCAAGAAACUACACGUUGGCCAUGUGGGUGAGGACGGCAGGGUGGAGAUCCAGGUGGAGGGACCGGGGGGUGCUGGCGGUGAGUGGGCGGCGCUGCCCGAGCCGCCCUCCGAAAUCAUUACCUUUGCCGAGCCAGGAAACUCUCCAUCUGCCAUGACCUUUGACAUUUCCAAGGAGGGCAGCGAGCUCUCGGUGGUGGAGCAGGCCAACGUGUGGCUCUUCCUGAAGCUGGCCAAGGGGAAAGGGUGGGGCAAGGGAAAAGUGAACAUCCAGCUUCUGCAGCGCCGCCGGCAGAAGCCGAAAGCUCCAGGCUCUGCCUCCACCUCCACCGAGACCCAGGGCGAGGAGGAGGAGUUGGUGUCAGAGAAGAUGGUGGACACACGGCGCAGCGGCUGGCAUACUCUCCCCGUGCCACGCAGCAUCCAGUCCCUGUUGGAUACCGGUGGCAGAGUCCUGGACCUGCGAGUCUCCUGCCCACUGUGCACCGAGGUGGGUGCCAAACCCGUCUUGGUCCUCACCGAGGACGAGCAACCGGGACGGGAGAGGGAACAGUCCCAUCGGCCGUUCCUCAUGGUCGUACUGCGGCCUGGCAAGGAGGAACACGCUCACCGCCGUGCCAAACGAGGCCUGGAGUGCGAUGACAAGAUGCACAUGUGCUGCAAGAGGCAGUUCUAUGUCAACUUCAAGGACAUCGGCUGGAACGACUGGAUCAUCGCGCCGCCAGGCUACCACGCCAACUACUGCGAGGGUGACUGCCCCAGCCAUGUAGCCAGCAUCACUGGUUCCUCGCUGUCCUUUCACUCCACUGUCAUUAACCACUACCGCAUGCGGGGCUACGCGCCCUUCCAAAACAUCAAGUCAUGCUGCGUGCCCACGCGACUACGCGCCAUGUCCAUGCUCUACUACAACGAGGAGCAGAAGAUCAUCAAGAAGGACAUCCAGAACAUGAUUGUGGAUGAGUGCGGCUGCUCGUAAGAGACAGUACAGAGCAGUAAAAGACUCAUCCAUAAUAAGAAGGCACCAUUGAUAUGAUGGACAUAAUAUAACUGGUAUGAUGGACAAUACAUUUUUGGGGAGUUCUUUGACUGAUCUGUCUGUUUUGUCUUAUUAUCUGACAGGGUAUCGUUAAAUCGGAAUAGUCUCUGUGGCACUUUCAGAUAAAAAAGAGAUACAUCAUAUAUUUUUGUUAAAUGGAGACAGAGUGAGACUACUUAUCACUGUUUAUGCGCAAUGUGAUUCCUGCUUCUCUGCACUGCAAUGAACAUGGAACAGUUCCCUGAAAAAAAACUAUGCAACUGAUGAAGUAUUACGAUGUGUUGUAUUUUUGUUAAUGUUUCUUUAUAUGUGUUUUGUUUCUUAAUUGUAUACAAAGUAGACUUUUUUUAAUACUUUUUUUCUCCAAAUGUGUGUCUGUGUUUCAAAUGUUUGUAUUGUUAUUGUUGAGAGAUACUUGAAAGACAUAGGUUUGACCAGCUACUGGAGCCAAACACUAAUAUAAUUAUUAACAGGGUUUAUUAUUCUAAUUAUUAUUAUUGUUAUUCAUUUCUGAACUACUUUGUCUUUGUACAUAAAAAUAAUGAAUGUUGAAAUUUGCACUAUACCAACAUUCUUGCCAGCUUGAUCACAUUGACGGUAACUGGCAUUUGAGCCUGCAUGAAGAGAUACUGCAGGUAGCCUAGUGGUUAGAGCGUUGGGCCAGUAACUGAAAGGUUGCUGGAUUGAAUCUCUGAGCAGACAAGGUUCUGUCCCUGAACAAGGCAGUUAACCUGCUGUUCCCUGGUUGGCUGUCAUUGUAAAUAAGAAUUUGUUCUUAACUGACUUACGUAGUUAAAUAAAGGUUACAUUUAAAAAACUAUUUUUUAAAGAGAAGACUAUACACAAGACACAUUUAACACAUAAACAGCACAUACUAUAGCUACGGAUAGUCUCUCAAUCAAAGUAAGGCCAAAGAUGGGAGCAGCAUUAGCUUUCAAUAUGAUUAAUUUACCAGAAGGACAUUCUCUACUAAAGCAUCUUGAUUAAUCUUCCUAACAACUGGUGAUGACAAAGAAAAUAACAACACUUUGACCAAUCUAUGAAAAUUAUGAAACUAACACUUCAAAGAGUCUGAAAAUGUCUUCCAAUGGUUAAAUCAAUUUGGUAUGACUUUUUUCCUGCUUCUUUUGUUUAACACUUCUUUCAAACUGAAAUUGGAGAACAGUGGUGUUCCAAACAUAUGAAAUAUAUGAUGAUAGCUAUAACAUUACAUAUGUCAUAAAUGACAAACAUACAAAGGUCAUGUGUUUGAGAGAAGAGAAGACACUGAAACAACACAUUUAGACAACUUUAAAUACU